CAGUCCCUUGUGAAUUCUCUCCUGGUUGGCACCCAAGCGCCAUGGAACUGCAGCUGGCUCGUGAGGUGCAGGAAAUCCAAUCCUAAGCAGUGGGCUUCACAUUCCCAGGCGAGAUCGGAGCGCUGUCUACAGGAAGCAUGACUGAUGCUCCCAGGGAGGGAAAGCUGGCCAGGUGUCCCAACUUCAUCCAGCUUAUUGACAUGGCAUCUGAGUCUGUGGGAGGACAGAUUUUAUUUGCAACAGAUGACUUUUUUGCUCCUGCAGAGAACCUUAUAAAGAGCGACAGUCCACGUUUUAAAGAGCAUGAAUACACUGAGUUUGGGAAAUGGAUGGAUGGAUGGGAGACCAGAAGGAAAAGGAUACCAGGUCACGACUGGUGCAUCAUCAAGCUGGGGAUACAAGGCGUCAUCAGGGGCUUCGACGUAGACAUUUCUUACUUCACGGGAGACUAUGCUCCUCGAAUUUCAAUCCAAGCAGCACACUUGGAAGGAGAUAAAGAUGCACAGAUGCCACAGCGAGGAGAGAGAAUGGGAGCUGCAGCCACCCCCCAGGAGCUGGCCGCUGUUGCUGAGCUAAACUCCAACAACUGGGAUUAUUUGGUUCCCAUGACAGAGCUCGAACCAGGGAAGCCUGCUUCCGGCCACAAUUAUUUUCUUGUUAAUUCCCAGCAGAGAUGGACUCACAUAAGACUCAACAUUUUCCCAGAUGGUGGAAUUGCACGUCUUAGGGUAUACGGUAUUGGACAAAAAGACUGGACUGCAACUGACCCCAAAGAACCACUGGACCUGGUGGCCAUCGCUUUUGGGGGUGCCUGCGUAGGGUUUAGUAAUGCACAUUUUGGGCACCCAAACAAAAUGAUAGGCGUCGGCCCACCAAAGUCCUUGGCGGAUGGCUGGGAAACUGCAAGGAGGCUGGACAGGCCACCGAUAUUAGAGAAUGAUGAGAAUGGUGUUCUCCUUCUUUCCGGUUGUGAGUGGGCGGUUUUCCGUUUGGCACAUCCUGGAGUAAUAACUCAAAUUGAAAUUGAUACAAAAUAUUUUAAAGGUAAUUCUCCUGACAGCUGUAAGCUGGAUGGGUGUGUCUUGACGACGCAGGAGGAAGAAGACAUGAUCAGGCAGAAGUGGGAACUUCCGGGCCACAAGUGGAAACCACUGCUUCCAGUCACGAAGCUGUCUGGCAGUGAAAGUCACACGUUCGACAGCCUUACCCUGGAGCUGCAGGACGUCAUCACCCACGCAAGGCUCACCAUUAGCCCAGAUGGGGGCGUCAGCCGCCUGCGUCUCAGGGGCUUCCCCAGCUCCAUCUGCCUCCUGCGCCCCCGGGAGAAGCCCAUUCUGAGGUUCUCAGUUAAGGCAGGGUUCAGAUCCAACCUGUGA